UGAAAAAAUAAAAAAUAAUGCUUCCCCAGUCAAAGUUGUGAAAAAGAUCAUCGUGGGCUUAAAGAGUGUUCAAAUUGAGGAAUUUUCACGAAAACAGGAGAGUUUUGAAUUGAAUGACCUCGCCGAUUCCAGUUUAGGGGAGCAAAUGAUAGACUUUUUCUCAACGGAUAACUACGGUAUAGUUUUACGCAAAAUAAUCCGUGUUUUCAAACCCUAUAUUGCAUUGAAAGGGGGCUUGCAGAUGUUCGUGCAAGCUGAACGUGGGGAUUGCCAAUUUCUAAAGAGAUGCGUGCAGCCACUUCUCAGUGGUUCAAAGUUACAGACACAGCAUACCAAAGUUUAUGUAGCGCCACUGCAGGAUGAAACCAUUCCCAUUAAAAACGCUCAACAAGCAUCUUACAAUGUCGAAUGCCUCGAAUGCGGAACAACUAUUGAUGCACUGGAGCUGGCGGCUCAUCAUUCUAUAUGUUAAGACAGACUUUACGAG